AUGGCGGCGGCAGCGGCGCCCACUAUCCCUACGGCCGCGGCGGCGAUGGCUUCGCUUGACGACUUGCUCACCACGGCCGGCGCAGCCGCGCCCAUCAAGGAGUACAUCACGGCGCGUGGCAUCUCAGCCACGCCCACCUUGGCGCUGAUCGCAGAGGACGCGGCGGCUUUCACCGACAAGGUUGUGCGACCGUUCCUCUCCGGCUUCACCCGCCAGGGAGCCAUGCAUAAGGCCGCGAAAGGCGACGAGGACGUCUCCAAGGCCAUCUUGGUACACUUGUUCACGGAGGCCCGGCGACAAUGGCAGGCAGCCACUGCGACACCGCCGGCGCCACCUCCCAGGACAAUGCCGGCAGCCGCCCCACCCGCGGCGACAUCCCAGACCACAGCCGCGGCGCCCGAAGAGAAGCCACCCAAGACCUUCAGCCAACGGGCGGCGCAGGUGCGGGCCUAUGAGGAGAAGACCAUCGACGGCGUCAAGCGGACCUUCCCCGCAGAGAAGCUCCUCGGCGCCGAAGAGGUCCUGGCGAGGCUGUGGCACGAACACACCAGGUCCAAGGACUAUAAGCCCCUCGGCAUCGGCGAGAUAGUCUCGCGGCGAACCUGGACUUCAGGCGGCGACCUCAACACCAUGGCCUCCUCUAGGUCCUCCUCGAGUGCCGGCGCCAAGAUCCUCAAGCUCAUCGACGACAAGCUCGUGGCCGAGGACAGCGACGAGUGGGCGCCCAAAGGCAUUAUGCUGACCCUCGACGGGAUCGAGGCAGCGAAGUGGGCUUGGAUCCUCUGCGGUUAUGACGAGGAACGGCGGGUGGAACGCUUUACCGACUGGUUCGGCGAAAAAGCCCGAUCCAAGCAAGCAUCCAUCCCGGCGGUCCACUCCUUCUGGGCGGACGCUAUGUGCCGACACGCGGCCACCCGCAACAUCAUGGCGGACACGGCGACCUGGAAUGAGUUCAUCUUCGAAAACGUCGAGAUGUCCACGGCGGACGCCAAGCAGAUCUCCUCCGCCCUCGGCGCCCAACCGAUUCUGGUCACCCCCUCCAUGCAGUGGUCUCGCAAGGGCCACUGGGACCGACUUAGGGUCGAGGAGGCCCGGCGGGCGGCGGACACAUCAUUGGACAUGGACGGCUUGACCUUCGACGACUCAGUGCUGUCUGGGAGGCGACGCCUCCCCUGCGCCACCACCCCGGCGGCCGAUGAGAACGGGAGAGCGGCGCCCAGAGGGUGCCGUGGGAAGAUCCAGCCGAAGCUCUCCAUACCGGCGCCGAAGCUUCACCACAUCCCGACCCGCUUUACCAAAUGGGCCGGCGCGGCAGAGCUCGACGACCGCACACGCCACCGCCUCAUUGGCAACGGCUGGCAUUGGGGUGUGGCCCGGCACCUGCUGCUCAUACUGGUGGUGGCCACCAGCUGGACUCAGUCACAAGCGGCGCCAGCGGGCCCACCGCGCACAUCGACGAUCGACUGGGUGGCAUCACUCUGGAGACACGGCGGCCCGAUCAUGGGGCCGGCGCCGGCCCAGCAGGACGGCCCCGACGCCAUGGAGCACCUCGACGAGGACCAGCACUGGCACCGAUCGGCGACCAUCCCGCAUCCCAUGCAGGUCGUCCAAAAGGUGAAGCUGCUCAUCGAAGACAAAGCCGAGGAGACGGCGGCCUGGAUGGCGGCGAGGACGCACGCAGUCAGGUCGACCUACUCCACCCCGGAUAAACCGGCAGUCACACAGAUACCGGUUCUGCUGGAGCUCUUGCGGCGCCUGAACCUCACGGCGGACCUGACCGACGGCUUCGACAUGAUCGGCGCACUGCGGCCGGGCCCCGCGUGGCGCAAAAGGCAGGUCAACGCCGACUAUGUGCGGCGCAAGGUGGCCACGGCGAGCACCGGCGAGCACACCGAGACCCUGCUGCAGGAGCUUGUCGACGAAGUGAAGUUGGGGCGGGUCAUUGGGCCCACUAGACCGCCGGCGUGGCUUAAGGCCAAGGCAACGGCACUGCCAUGGGCCCUCGGCGCCACAGAGCUGGUGGAACCGCCGCCCGGCGAGGCCUUUCUAGCGGCGUCUUUCGCCAUCAUCCAGUUCGAUGAGAACGGCGAGCCUAAGAUUCGCCGCGGCGAGGAUUGGCCGCUCCGGCCACAACACCACCAUCGCGGCGGACGAUGUGCCGACCCAUCACUUCAUAGGAGCCUUCGUCGACCUGGCGCGGCGCAUGGCAGAAGACGGCGUCAUCCUGGUGUUUGGGCACGAUCUCCUGAACGCCUACCGCCAAUGGCCGGUCAAGCACCCGGCGCUUGUGGCACAUUCGUGGCCACGCCGGCGGGGAUGACUUUCUGGUUUCAUCUGGCGAUGAACUUCGGCGCCACUGCCUCUGUGUGGAAUUUUAACAGGGGCGGCGACGCAUUGCAACAGCUCCUGCGAGGACUCCUUCUCCUCACGGCGGGACACUAUGUCGACGACUUUAACGGCCUGGAGUUUGAGGAGCUCGGCGAGUCGGCUGGCAGAUCCUUCGAGGAGCUCUUCGCGGCGCUUGGUUUCCGCAUCAAAGCGUCCAAGUUCCAACCGGCGGCGCCAAAGCACGUGGUCCAGGGCGUCGCCUUCGAGCUGUCCCGGCGCGGUGUCACGGUCAGCCCGACACCACAAAGGGUGCGGCGCAUUCUGGAGCAGAUUCGGCGGGCCCUGGACCAAGACGCCAUGAAGCCAGACGAGGCGCAAAAACUGGCCUGGAGACUCUCCUUCCUCACCCAGGCGGUCUUCGGCGGGGUAGGGAAGGCCCCCACCAAGGCGGUGUACGCCCGCCCGGCGGACACCUCGGCACACUCCGACGACAAGCUCUCUCUGGGGCUCCGAUCGGCGCUCGUGGCCUUGGAGCACAUCCUGCCGACGGUGUCCGCUAACAUUUCUGACUGUGUCACGCGUUGCGACGACAUGGACACGGCGGUGCUGUACGCGGACGCCUUCUUCCUGGACGGAGAGCGGCGACACAAAGCCGGCCAUGUCCCCACUUCGGCGGACACUGGCGGAGCCAACAGAGCCAAAAAAGGAUGGGGGUUUGUCCUCCGCCUCGGCGGCUCGGUCUUCUACGACCACGGCGUCGUGCCCACCUGGUUCCUGCAGAAGUUUGCGGCGCGACGGGCGUUCAUCUACAUGCUGGAAGUCUUCACCCAAAUGGUGGCCCUCGCGGCGUUUUCGGCCUACCUCCCCGGCGCGGUCACCGCCUUCAUUGAUAAUACGGCCGGCCAGGCGGCGCUGUCCAAGGGCUAUGGGAAAGACCCGGCGAUGAACGCGAUGCUGGCGACCUUCUGGGCCAUGUCGGCGAAGAAGGACAUCCUGGUCGACUUCCGGCGGGUACCAUCCAAAGCGAAUGUGGCCGACGCAGUGUCCCAAGCCUCCGGCUCAAACCUGUUUCUUUUGUAG